AUGACUUCCCUCACGCCCAUGCCCUUCCUUUCUGGGCCAGCCAUGAUGGCAAACCGGGAGCACUUUCGGAGUCAGGAGCCGGUUGGAGAUCUCACUGCCGUCAUAGCCUUAUCAAAGGUUCAGCAAGCUUUGUGGCUGGACUAUCUCCGUCGGCCCCAUGCCUCACAUUACCAUCUGACGCUCUUUCUCAACUUGGAAGAGCUCAACCCGACGCUAGACAAGAUCUUGCAAGUGAUCCAUGCUCUUGGCCAACAACAUGAAAUGCUUCGAACGACCUUUCACCUUGAUCACAGGUCAGAUGAUAUCAACCAGUCUUACAUGGCCGUCCAUAGUCCUGUCGGCUCUUUCCAGAAAUUUGAGAUUGUCCAGGACCCAGAUAGUGUAUCCUCAACCCUGCGUCGGAGCUUUGAUCUGAGUACGGAAUUUCCAGUCAGAUGGGUUAUCUUGCAGAAAAUGUCAGCAGACAAUGGCGUUCUCCGAUCACACUAUGAUCUUUAUAUUGUGGGCCACCACAUAGCAGUGGAUGGGUCGAGCAUGAGCUACCUGUCUCAAUGCAUCUUGAAGCAGCUUGAUCCAAAAUUGAAUAGUUCCACGGACACAGAUGCUUUGCCUCACUCACCAACCUACGGCCAGUUUGUGCAGAAGCAAGAUGCAUUUCUUCGAGGCCAAUCUGUGAAAGCUGCGCAGGAAUUUUGGAUGUCCCAAUUGACACAUACUGUGCCGUUUGAGUGGGCGGCACCAAGGCCUAGCGAGAAUAAGGAUUAUCGAGUUAUGAAUACUUGGGCCUCAUUUACAAAUCAGGAGUUGAAGGCUUGGAGCAGCUUGUAUAAAACCUCUUGGUUUCGCAUCGCCUUCUCGAUAGUAGGAUUGAUGACAUCGGGGAUCGCCAAACCCACUCCACACCACGACCACGCUCUUCUAGUCGCAUUGGGUGGGAGACCACAAGGCUACGAAGCCUGUGUGUCUCAUAUGGCGAAUACGAUGCCAAUUAGAACUCCUGUCUCGUCACUUCUCCAGCGUCGAGCUACUUUUGUCGAUGCAGUCAAAGAGAUGGGCCGCUCCAUAUCAACCGCCAAGAAGCAUGAGAUGUUCCCCUUUGUGUCUCUUGUUGAAACGGCCAGGGAGACUAUGAGCGACAAGAUGCUGGACUUCAAAGUGUCCGUGACUUUCUCCCCGAAGCUAGCAGACGAUAACUGCACCAUCUACCCAGUUGAAGGUGUUUGGGAUCUGUUUUUCUGUUUCCUUGAAACCCAGAAUGGGGUCGAUUUGGGUGUUAUAAGCAACCCAGCGGUGUUUGACUCCGUGGCGAUCGAGACUAUGCGGACGCAAUUCAUGGAGACCGUCAAACUAUCGCAAGAGAAUCCCAACUUCCAUGUUGAUGAGCUGCCUUAUCUCCAAGCCCAUACUGCCGCCAACAUCAUUUCCGGACCUACAGUAGAUGCUGUGGACGCGAUCAGCGCAUCGAGGGUGCAUACGUGGAUCGAAGCUCGAUGUGCCGCUCAGCCAGAUGCCGUUGCUCUUUCCUGUGCUGAAAAUAACCAGCAAAUGACAUACGGUGAGCUUGAUAGGGCGACGAACAAGAUUGCUCAUUAUCUGUGUGACAAAGGAAUCGCAGCAGGUGAGACGGUGGCGGUGCAUAUCGAUCGAGGAUUCACACUUCUACUAUGGAUCAUCGGUAUCCUCAAGGCGGGAGGCUGUUUCGUCGUGGUCGAUAAAGGAUUGCCCACAAGUCGCCGGCAGUCAAUUCUCCGUACUUGUGAACCCGCUUAUCUCGUCACCGACACUGCCACAGCUGAUGAACUUCUGUCGCAUGUUGACAAGGCCCCAUCAGUCAUUGUAUUGGAUGCUCUAUUUGAGGGCGAACUUGCGAGCUAUCCACCGACACAUUGUAAUGGGCAGACUACAGCAGAUAAUGACUUGGCAUACAUGGUCUUCACCUCUGGUUCUACCGGACAGCCCAAGGGCAUCAUGGUGGAGCACGCGAAUGUGGCCCACUACGUAAGUGCAGCUCGCAGCUUAGUCCAUGUUGGCCCUGGUAGUAGGGUUCUCCAGUUCGCCUCAUUCGCCUUUGAUGCAUCGAUACUUGAGUGGGCGGUCACGCUAUCCUAUGGCGCUACUCUUUGCUUCGUUGAGCACCCCAGUCUGCUAGUUGGCGAUUAUCUAGCCGACGUCCUGGAGAUGAACCGUAUCAACUUCUUCCAUACCACCCCAUCAGUGCUCGCAACUAUUCCAAUCAGCAAACCGCUUCCGAACUUGAGGUUAAUCUCCGUUGGGGGGGAGGCAUCCUCUGCCGGAUUGUUACGAGCAUGGCGACGGAAAGUGAGCCUCCUACAUGCAUAUGGACCAACUGAAACCACGGUGAUCGUCACCUCAGAACCAAUCCCCGAAGAUCCUGAGAGUUCGGAGAGUCCGUCUCCUUCUGUGAUCGGCAAGCCGUUCCCAAAUUCCGAUGUCGUGAUCUGCAGUGAAGGCUCAGAUGUGCCUUUGCCCAUUGGGGAAACGGGCGAGAUUUGCAUCUUUGGGCCCCAGGUUUCUCGGGGAUACAAAGGCCAGGACGAGCUCACCGCCACCAAAUUCCGCACAAUUGAGCUCCACGGUCGCACCGGGCGUCUUUAUCGCAGUGGAGAUCGAGGCUCGCUGACUGCUGACGGCAAAGUAUUGAUCGGUGGUCGGAUGAACAACCGGGAGAUCAAGCUCCGUGGCUACCGCAUGGACCUGUAUGAGAUCGAGAAGAGCAUUCUGGACCACAGUCCGGAAGUCAUGCUGGUUUCUGUACAAGUCAUGGAUGGCUCCCUGGUUGCCUUCGUCACUCCAGAAACCGUCGAUUGCAAUAUUGUCCGCGGGAGGCUGAUGGAAGAUGUGCCCUCUUACUCUGUUCCCACUAACAUCCAUGCUGUCGCGGAGCUUCCGCUGAAUACGAAUGGCAAAGUUGAUCAUUCCGCGGUGGCCGAAAAAGUUCGCAUUCCUACGGCCGUAGUAUCCAAACCUGGUUCUCUGCCCACAACCCCAAAGACACCGACCACCAAAGCGAAGGAGAGGAAGCUUGAUGCUGAUCAAGUAAGGGCUUCUUUGGCGUCUAUCGUAUCCCUAAUGUGGGUCGAUGUCUUAGGGCUAUCCAAGCCCCCCGCGGAAGAUGUCAAUUUCUUUGAUGCUGGUGGACACAGUAUCCUCCUCGUGCAGCUGCACAAGCGAAUUAAUGAGCGAUUCCCCGGGGCUGGUGUCCGCCUUCUGGACUGCUUUCAGCAGACAACUAUCGACAAGCAGGCGGCUUUUCUGGCAGGCCUCGUCAACUUCGAAUCCAGUCCCCCUUCGACAUCGUCCACAGAUAUGGGUCCUAGUCCCAGCGCAUCCGGUACUUCGACUCCUACAUCUUCCAUCGGCUCAUUUAAUCGACUAGAUGAGAAGUUCGCGGUUGUUGGCUUGGCUGGCCGCUUCCCUGGCGCGGACAAUAUAGAGCAAUAUUGGGAUCUUUUGAUGGACCGCGGCGAUGGAAUCACCACCACACCUAAUGCAGCAGCCCAUGGCAACUUGGACAUUGAUACAGAUGAAGUAUUUGUUCCCCGCUAUGGCACUAUAAAUGGUCUAGAUGACUUUAACCCUGGUGACUGGGGCCUCUCAGAGGAGGAAGCAAAGACUUUGGACCCGCAGAAGCGCAUAUUCCUUAAUGUAGCAUCUGAAGCGCUGAUAGAUGCCGGCGUCGAACUGUUCAAGAAAGAGGAGAAUAAAGUCGGAGUGUUCAUUGGUGCUGCUGCCAAUUCGUACAUUCAUGACCCAAAUACUCCGGCUCCCUGCUCUGCAUUCAAGCGGCGAUAUCGGACCCUCCUUGACGAGAACAUAUCCACGUUCACUUCGUACAAGCUCAAUCUGACGGGGCCCAACGUGACGCUGAAUACUGCCUGCGCCAGCUCUCUUGUAGCAUUGCAUGUGGGCUUGAAUGCACUCCGUGGUGGUGAGUGCGAGGCUGUCCUCAUUGGCGGAACGUCGGUUGUGUACCCUCAGGAAGGAGGUUAUAUUACAUCCCCUGGGCAAGUCUUCUCCGCCAGCGGCGAGUGCCGCCCCUUUGAUAGCCGUAGUGAUGGGUCUGUUCCAUCUGACGCUGUCGCUGCCGUGGUUGUGAAGCCCCUACAUGCGGCCGUGCGAGAUGGAAACACGAUUUACUCCGUCAUCGAGGGGCAUGCCGUCGGUACAGACGGCGCAAUAGAUAAGGCUGGCUUCACUGUGCCUUCCAGCACUGGUCAAGCUCGCACAAUCGAGCAUGCCAUCCAGUCCAGCGGUAUCUCGGCAGAGACAAUCAAGUACGUCGAGAUGCACGGAUCAGGUACUAGCAUGGGAGACGCGCUGGAGCUUGACGGUCUCCGCAAGGCAUUCGACUCCGUCAGUGUUCCACAUGGCUCCCGCAUCUAUGUGGGCUCAAACAAGGGCAACUGCGGCAACUCGGAGACUGCAUCUGGCUUGAUGAGCGUCAUCAAGGCAUCUCUGUCAUUGGCUCGCGGGGUGGUUCCUCCUCUCCGCGAGCUCGGUGAGACAAAUCCUUCAUGCGACUUCACCGGCCGAUUCCGUCCAUUGACAAGCACCCUGAAGCUAGAUGCUGCCGAUCGAAUCGGAGUAACCUCACUGGGUUAUGGAGGUACCAAUGCCCACAUUAUUCUUGCCCCCCCGGCGCAGAACCGGGUAGGGCCCAUGAACUGA